GUCUUCGAGUCAUUCAUCUCUCUCACUUUUCCAAUAACGUCACGGCUUCUCACCGUCACCAAACCCUUUCUUUCUCCUCAAUCCCGUCUCCAUCGCCAUCAGAUCUGAGCCCUAAAAUCUCUCAAUUUCAUCUCUAUAUACCUUCUCUUCCCAGAAAUUCACUUUGCAUACAUAUAAUUUACAUAUAUAUAUAUAUAUAUAUAUUUAAAGAGAGAAAGAGAGAUUGUUGAGUUGAGUUGAAUUGAAUUGAAUUGGGGGUUUGGAGAUGGCGAUGUUGUUGGAGGACAUAGUUGAAUCAGUGGAGCUGUGGUUGAGCUUCCUCAAGAAGAAGCCACAGCCCUACGUUGACCCCGAUCUCGACCCCGUCCUCUUGGUCCCCGGCAUCGCGGGUUCCAUUCUCAAAGCCGUUGACGACGAGGGCAAAGAAGAGCGCAUCUGGGUUCGCAUUCUUAGCGCCGAUUACAAGUUUCGGACCAAGCUCUGGUCUGUCUUUGAUCCUUCUACCGGUAAAACUGUGUCUUUGGAUCCCAAGACAAAGAUUGCGGUUCCUGAAGACAGAUACGGGCUCCAUGCAAUUGACAUCUUGGAUCCUGAUAUGGUCAUUGGGCGUGAUUGUGUAUAUUAUUUCCACGACAUGAUAGUUGAAAUGCUCAAAUGGGGUUUCCAAGAGGGGAAAACACUGUUUGGUUUUGGAUAUGAUUUCCGCCAGAGUAACAGAUUCCAGGAAACAAUGGAUAGCUUGGCAGCAAAACUGGAGUCCAUAUUUACUGCUUCAGGAGGCAAAAAGAUAAACAUAAUAAGUCAUUCAAUGGGGGGUGUUCUGGUGAAAUGCUUUAUGUGCCUGCACAGUGAUAUCUUUGAAAAAUAUGUGAAGAAUUGGAUAGCAAUUGCUGCACCAUUCCAGGGUGCGCCUGGAUAUAUUACGUCUACCUUUCUGAAUGGUAUUUCAUUCGUGGAAGGGUGGGAGCAGAACUUUUUCAUAUCAAAAUGGAGCAUGCAUCAACUGCUUAUUGAAUGUCCUUCAAUAUAUGAAUUGAUGGCUUCUCGUGAUUUCCACUGGGAUCACACUCCACUUCUAGAAUUUUGGAGACAGAACUGUGAUAGUGAUGGAAAUUCCUAUGUUAUGCUGGAGUCCUAUCCCCCAGAAGAAAGUGUGCCAAUUUUUAUGGAAGCCCUUUCAAGCAACACGGUGAAUUAUGAUGGGGUGGAUAUCCCGUUACCCUUCAACUUAGAGAUCUUGAAAUGGGCUAACGAGACUCGAAAGGUCUUGUCCUCUGCUAAGGUUCCACCUCAAGUUAAAUUCUACAAUAUAUAUGCGACAAAUCUUGAGACACCUCAUAGUGUGUGUUAUGGAACUGAGAGGGCACCCGUCACAGAUUUACAACAAUUACCAUUUUUGCAGGGUAGAUAUGUAUGCGUUGAUGGUGAUGGGACAGUUCCUGUGGAAUCUGCAAAGGCGGAUGGGCUUAAUGCAGAAGCAAGAGUUGGAGUCCCCGGUGAGCAUAGAGGAAUCCUGUGUGACCGUCAUGUCUUCCGGAUACUUCAACAUUGGCUGAAUGCAGGGGAUCCAGAUCCUUUCUACAAUCCUGUAAAUGAUUAUGUGAUUCUACCCACCUUAUUCGAGAUUGAAAAGCACCAAGAAAAGGGAUUACAAGUAACUUCGCUCAAAGAGGAGUGGGAAAUCAUCGUGGAUGGGCAAGAUGACGAAGAAACUAAGCCAUUGGUCAGCUCGAUCUGUGUCUCUAAUGAAGCAGAUGGUCAGCAUAUGCAAGAAGAGGCUUGUGCAACUGUCAUAGUUCACCCUCAGAGUGAGGGUAGGCAGCAUGUUGAACUGAAUGCUGUGAGUGUGACAGCAAGUGCCUAAACUGUGUAUAGGGGUUGAAUUGUUAUAUCACAAUGUGGAAGAGAGGGUGCACUGUGCUCGGGGUUGGACUGUUUGUGUGUGCCCAUGUGUAUAUAAAUGUGUUUGAACCCCCUAAACAUCGUGUACUCGAAUGAGAGUGACACGCAACUCUAUUUGUAUAUAUAUAUAUUCUAUUACAUAUAUCCUGUGUGUGCCUCGUUCUCUUC